GCUGCAACGUAAAAAAUCGAAGAUAUCGAAUUUUAAUUUCACAUUUACGUGUCAUGUUCUGAUCUGUACAGACAUCUGCCUUUAUUUCUAACUAUUGUUCUCUCACGGGAUUGUUAUUGCUGAGUUUGCGAUAAAAAUUCAUAUUUAAUAAAGCGUUCGUGCCCUUUAUUGGAAAUUUGUGGCAACACAUCGAGCUGCUAUUGUAAUUGUUCGUCUGUUUUUUCUACGCAAACUAGCUAGACAUUAUUUAUUAUAUUUGCAAACUUGUACAUGCGGCCAUGCAGAAUAACAUUUAAAUAAUUACAGAUGUGAAAAUGAAUAUGUAGCGCCUGCUGUGCAAUUAUUUUGAUGACUUUUCCGAAUCGCAGAACUUUGAUCUCGAUAGUUUUCUCUUGUAGUAGUAGCAAAAUAUUAAUGUUAUUUUAGUAAAGAAGAAAAGAGAGAGAGAGAGAGAGAGAGAGAGAAAGAGAAAGAGAGAGUUGCUGCCUUAUCUUUCUGAAACCGAUUUCUUACCGCGGCCAACACCACCAUCGCGGCCGUCCGUAAAUUCUCCUUCACGAAUGGCAUUUUUCAAACCCGGAAGUGCACUUUUCAGAGCCGUGAAAAAUCGUAUCCGUGGUUAAAAAUUUAUGGGAAAUGAGGGCGAUCGAAGAGAGUGUUUCUUCCUCCCUUUACUCCCUUCUUCUCAUACCUUUAUUAGACUUACUUCUUUUCGUGAAAAAUAUUGCUUGUUUAGGUACGAUUUUAUUUAAAAGGAUACUAUUAUCAUAAUCUUUCUGAAUUCAUAUUCGAAAUAAUAUGCUUAAUUACAGUUGAUCAUUUAAUGAAGUAAUGACCAUUGCUGGUUUUUCAUUAAUGAAUUCGAAUGGGUUCUCUUUUAUCUUGAUCUCUUGCAGUAAGCUUUUGACAGUAAAUCAUUACCUCGUUGGUUGCUUGGGAGUCUCAUUUUAGCUUUCUACAAAAUUGGUAUUCUUACGAACGGUCGGUGAAGUUAAUUCAAUUACAGAGCUUUCAAUAUAAUCACGAAAUUAGAGACGACAGGUUAAAAUAAAGGCUCCAUAAAUUUAUCGUAAUAAUUUAAGUUCCUCUCCCUGUCUGCGAGUAAUUCGGUUUAAAGACAACGAUACACAAAGAAUACGACGAGAUAGAUGUGCAAAACGUAAUGUUUAUAUAUAUUAAAUUGAUAUCUUUUAUUAUUAGAUUACUUCGCGAAAUAUGUACUCUGAUGCAGGUGAGGCAUUCGAAGAUCUCUCACAUUCGUUAAACGCCGACUUAUAAAACAUUUUAAAAUAAAAAAAAAGAAAAAGAGGGACGUUCCGCCGAACGUCAUAAUCCACCGAGUGCGGUAUUCCCUUUCCCUCGUCAACCACGAGCCAACUCCAUCAGAGAGAUUACGAGGGACGUCUCCCGCGGAUCGUAGAGCAUGCCAAGAUAAGGAAUUGAUGGAAGAUAGUAAUGAAUUAUCGAUGAGCCGCGUCGUUUGUUUCGUGCCAUACCGGUUCGAUGUUUCGAAUGAGAAACGAACGGGGAAACGACGGCAGCCGCAACUCUUCCUUCCCUCAUUCAUGUUUAAUGAUAUUCGCGGUGAACCUGGAAAAACGAUGGUGCUCGAUCAAAGUCCGCGAAUAGGUCCUUUCGCGAGCGGCCGAUGAAAGGCGCACGCGAUCGACAUUUCCGACACACAGCUCAGUCGGGCACAUGCACCGAAUUUUAUUUAUUUAUUCAGAAAGAUUCGCACCGCAACGGGCAGCCGUCAAAUCUACUCGAAUGAUCAUUGUCAAUUCAGUGAAGUUUCAGAUGUGUCGACACGCGAGGUUGCUCAUACCUGAAAAUCUUGCUAUCACUCGAGAGCAACGUGGCAAAUAAUUUUAUGGAGCUUCAAAGUGCAUCAAAGACGGAGCCUUGAAAUAUAGAAUCACAAAAUAAUGUUAGAACUGAAUCCCAUGAAGUGACGGAUUAGUAUCCCCAUUAAAAGCUCGUUUCAUUCCACCUGAGCUGAACUCUCUCCCUAAACUGCACGGAUGUCGGUUCAUACAAAAUUACGAAGGAUCGUGUAGCUAGAUUUUAAAGCAGUGGCUCCCCAACUUUGUCGGAUUACCGUCUUCCUAGUACGAUAAAUUUACUCUUAAUACCCUUCCUCCCAUUCCAUAAAAAACAUUCUUGAAAAUAGCAGUUUGCACGAUUCAAGAGGAGUACAACUCAAUGUAAUAACAAGCGCAUUUAUUCAAAAUGCGAUUAAAACUUCGCGAUUUAAUAACUACACUAUCUAGACGUCCAAUUAUAUAAAAUAACGAUUAAACUCUUGAUAAAGUUGCUUUAGCGAUACCUGCGCGUCCUUCCAUCGCUCCCUUGGCUUUAUAUCACUCCCUCGGGUAAUUCCGUCGUCUCUCUGGGAAUGUUACCGCUCAGUUCGCAAACUACCGUCCUAAACCGCGCACAACUCGUUCGUGAUUCUCAUCGAUUAGAGGAAUCGGGAAUGCGCCCGUCGAUCGAGUUGCUUUGGCUUCUCCGUUCGCGUCCUACGCGGAAUUACCCCUAGUUUCGGUUGGUUACACACUGGACUAUUGUGAGGUUUCAAGGGCUCAUUAUGGAUGUAUAGGAGUGGAAAUCAAGGGUUCACCGAGUACCAGACGAGAACGCCGUAGAGGCAAAUGGCUGUCACAUACACACACAAUACGCACCAUUUCCAGAUGUGUAACGGGUCAUUUCUGAGCAGAGCUCAGAGCUUGCCGAUCUAAUGAGUCACUCCACAUGCGCGUGCCUGCUUGGGAAUAAUCCCUUUAACAAUCACGGAUCGGCUCGACAUAAAGGAUAGAUAAUGACAAUCGUGUGCUAUCUGUGUAUGUACAUCUGCAUACAUGAUGAUCGAUAAGCCGAAUCGCGUUGAAAGUUUUAAAACAUUCGAGAGAUUUCUUUUAUCUGUGACAUUACAUAUUUCAACUUGUUGCGCGUAAAAUAGCAUAUUCUACUUUUCGAGAAUUCUGCUAAAGUAUCAGCAAAAAUUUAUAAUCUGAGAUGGACUCGUAAUGUCGUUCAUUUACUCUCGAAUAGGGUCGGAUUACGAUUAAAAUAUUAAUGAAAGAUUUUGAUUAAACUAUAAUUCAUUCGAAAUUGGAACAGACUGUUCCAACUCAAAUAUUAAAUAUUAUAUCGGAAAGAACUUUAAUGUUAUAAUUCGAUACUUCUUCAUUUAAUAUUUUCAUCUAUGUUUGUGCUAUUAAGAAAGUAAUAAUUCGAUAUCUUGAAACUAGAUAUUGAAGAAGUCUAUGUUUAUUUCUUUAUUCCUCAUAAAAAUUGGAAAUUCAUGCACAUCUUGAACAUUAUAAUAAUUGUGAAAUUUAUUUUGUGUUUAUUUGAGUAAUGCUUGACAUAAAUCAGUUUGUUUCUGCCGGCAUGAGAUGCAUUUAGCUAUGGUCUACUACUACUGCGGCGUCAAGGAGUCUAACGUCUGACGAAUGACUGGUUUCUGUCACUGUCGUGGUACAGCACCGUGUAUCCAGCUUCUUACGAGCAUUUAAUUCGCGAAAACAGACUUUCCCGCAGCGCUGUGAUCAAUAAGUUUAUUCUUAAUAAAAACUCUCUCUAUUUUGCAUAAUGUAUAAAAUAUAAUGUACAGAAAUAAUACGAUGCAUUAAGUGCAAUUAGUUUGAUUGUACAUGUUCAAUUAAAACACAUUUUAUGCAGAGGAUAAAAUCGUACAAUUGAAUAUCCAUGUAAACGCAACGCAUCCAUUUACGUUUGGUAAUCUCGCUUUACAAAAUUGCAACAUGAUGAUAACAAAUCUCAAUAAAUAACGAAUUAAUAAGAAAUUAUGAAAUAUCUUUGUGGACUGAAGAAUAUUUUAGUGUUUCUGAAAUACUAACGAUCUAAUUAUUUCAUAUUUGAACUUCCCAUGAUAUUCACGCAUAAAUAACUGCGGAUAGUCCAGCUAAACGUGUCCUUUGUAUAAAGCAAUCGAAUUCAAAUUGGCAAGUAGGAACGUCUUGCACAAUUGGCGUCGUGCCAAAUACGCUUAACAAUGCCUGAAAAUCCAGAUUCAGAAUAAACGGUCUCCUUCCAGCUACGAGUUCACCAUGAAUUUUCCGAUAAUUCCAUCCAUCAGUUCGAGUAUUGAAGAGCGUUGAUAUUUAACUACAGCGUCAAGUCUUAAUAUGAAAAAAAUGUCUGUUAUUUUCAAAAUCGGGGAAGAGGAGAAGAGAUUGCUAGAUGAAACUUUGAUCUUAAUUAAAUUUAGAUGCUGCUUUUCAAAUAAAUGCUUUUUUCUCAUUCUCUCGCGCUUUCUCUUUGUAAGAAUAGUAAUCAAACACAAUUUCUCUCGAAAUAUUUCCAACGAUAUAUUUCCAUGUUAGAUUAUAUCAUUGCGUUACUUUCACGAGAGUAACGAACAAUAAAAAAAAGAUACGACCUCUUGACGCGUCUCGUCUCGUUGACGAGGCACAGAUUUUCGCAGGCAGCAAAAAAUAGAGAAGCACAUUACAGAUAUGCGCAAUUCUAUGACAUAGCUGCCGGGCGACGAAUUUACGCUGCUUUACUUGGCGCUAUCAGUGUUAAAGCGUAAAAGUAUGCAGGGAAAGAGUGAACAAACGGGGAGGCAUGUAGCCGUAUAGCAACGCGGGCGGAACGAAAUUGAAAACGAGAAAACCCAUGUCAAAAAUAUGCGAGCUCGCGAAUGCAACAUGCAAGGGUUCGACCAGUGAAAGGUACAAGUAUAAAAUCGUCUGGUGGUAAGCUACACGCUCCAUGGGAGUGUACGCGCGUACCGCGUUAACAUGGAAAAUGACGAGACGAUGUAUUCGUGCAGAUGCAUUAUCGCGACCGACGCAAGACUAACGACCACCCUGUUUAAAAGGUUUUCACAGCAUAAAAAAAAAGAGAAGAAAAUCGAUAACCGAGGCUCAUUUCUGGUGCAUCGAAUAUCUCAUCUGAGAUGCUCCAUUCUUUCUACUUUUUUUCUCAUCACCUUUCUCGCCGUAUCAAUACACGUAAAAAGUCUUCACAGACAGGAUUACGAGUAAUAUACUUCCUGAUCUGAAUUUCAAAUUGUUUCGUAUGAUGAACUAUUUUCUCUGUCUCCUGUUGUGAAACUUUUUACGUCAAUUUAAAUCCGCUUUUGGAAUGCAGCUAACGCGCUGCUUGUUAUGUGCACUUAUUAAGGGAUAUUUUCAGCAUUAAGAGAGUAAAGUGACAUAGAAGUUGGAUUAGCCUGGUGCGAGGUGUUCACGGCAUGCGUGCAUUCGUCUCGUUGAUGCAUUCCUUGCACCGAGCGCAAGAUUAACGUUCACGAGCGGCUGUAGUACUGCGAUAAGAGUUAUCGUUCCUAUUUCAGAAAAAUUAUAUUUCUUACACCCCACUCCAUCUUAACGUAAUAAUCUCUCGGAAUAUCGUGUAAGAUUUAUUCUAGAUCCGUAGUUGAGAUUCACGACUCGAUAUUUGAAUGCCAAGAAUGUAAAAGAAAUAAAAUAAAUGUUAUAAAUGAUAUGAGAAAUACAUAUUUUCCCACAAUAUGUGCAUCUCUUCCUUUUGUAGCUGACGUAGUUGCAACAAUUAGAUGUUUAAUUGUGCCAGUAGAGUAAUGAUUAUUGACUUUAUCCGUUUCAUUAAAAGGCAAUAUGAUUAUUAUACAUAAAAAAUUAUCUUUUUCAUUAUCUCUGAAUUUUUCUUAUUUGUAUUGAAAUUCUUAUUUGUUAUUAUCUUCGAAAAUGUUCUCCUUUCAGUUCUCUGGUAAUAUAUUUAUUAUCGAUAAUAAUAAUUAUUGCAUAGUAAUCGUAUUAUCAUGAUACAAUAUUUCAUAAUGAUAGUAAUGGUAUUUAAAUUUAAUGAAGGGAGAGAGAGAGAGAGAGAGAGAGAGAGUCAUAAAAUUAAAUUAUAUAUUAAUUGUACGUUAUGAGAUAUCAAUUAAGUCGCGAUGCAUUAUUGUGUAACAUUGAGCGACAAAACGAAUUAUCGUCGCUUUAUGCAACAGACCGCGCCUAACAGGUGAUAGUCUUUUUAAUGCGCAUACAGGAACAGAAUAAUGUUCUUAUCCCAUGGAUUAUCUCUGGAAAUGAGUUUCGGGCGAAGAUUAUGUGUCCGCGCCGCUUUUUGACUCCCUGGUAUACGAUAAAUUCGACGGAAUAACAGAGUCGCAGUGCGGUUCACGAGUAACUUCCACUCUUUUCGUAAAUUUAGUUUCUGCUCAUUCAGCGACUGAUUCUAUAACGAAAUAAUCGUCGAAAAGCUAACAAUUUUACAGACCAGCAUAUUGUGCAGCACAAUGAACACACGUGAAAUACAUUUUUGAUACAUUCAAACAACGUUCUAAUAAAACGUACCACUGCAAAUGACAAACAAAAGUACCAUAAUCAAAUGUAUUCGCGUAACAAGAAAUUCCAUGAAUAUAAAACUCGAGACUUUUGAGUCUAUUGAAGCAUGUAUUCUGAUUGCAAUACAAGCAUAAUUUUCAUUUCGUUUCGUUUGCGCAGUUCCGAUUGAAUUACUCGCUCGUAAGAUUAAUUCGGUCGGCUCUGAACCCCAUCGCGUUAAAAUCCAUUGAUAGGGGGCGAAUGGUGCGCCGUAAGUUGGGCUUAUCGCGGACGAUUUGUACUAAUAAGGCAGGGAGCCUUGUCGAUGAGGGAUCAGAGGAAAGUGAUAUUUUUUUGAAAUCGCUGACACCACCGGAUUCCACGGUACGCCGCCAUUUUCGCUAGUAUCUCAUCGUUGGAUGCUCGCAGAGAACUUUGAUCGGACGCCCUGUGCAAAUUGGCCUACUUUCUCUCGCUCGCUCAUCCAGCCUUACACAGUUUACGUUAGUCUCUGUCGUUAUUAUAUUUUUUUUUUAAUCUGCACGGAGCCGCCGCGAUACGCCGCGUUGCGAGAUAUUGAUGAUCGAGAAAAGAAAGAAGUGAGAAAAAGAAAGAGGGACUCCUCUCUCCCUCGCGAGGGGCUCAGUAUAUGCUUCAGGAGCUUCAAAAUACGUAAAUUCGAUUCCACCUCGAGACUGUUUUCCACGAUUUUACUCGCUCGGGGGCGCAUCGGUUCGCGCGACGUAAAAAUUAACAGAGCGAAAGAAAGCUUUCAGUCGGGAGUUUUACGCUGCAGACGUAUCGAUUUUACUUACCGGCCGCAUAGAAAAAUAGGUAAUGAAGAGAGCGUUGAACGAAACAAAAAGUUGGCAAAGCGGGAAAUUGACUGAGUCCUUCGCAGUCUACUUUCUGCGCUGUAUUCAAUAAAAGCUGCCAUUUUUUUUUCAAAGACUGCAAGUCCGCAAUGUGCAUAUGUAUAUUUUAGCUGACAAUAGACGUUUCUUUCAAGAACUAGAAAUAAGCAUUUUAUUUAAUCACGAUUUAUCGAUAUCGCCGGUCAAGCGAAGAAUCUAUUGUACUACAGGCACAAAGAAUAUCUACAGCGAAUAGAAGAGAGAUUUUUAUAUCUAUAAUAACGCGAUAAAUUUUAUUAUAUAAUUUAUACAAAAAGUAAGGCAUUACAUUAGGAAACAAUUAACGGUUAAUACUUCUAUUUAACGAAUAUAUUUCAGAAAUAAUAAUCAUUUAAUUAUUAAAACAGUUUUUUUCAAUAGAAAUGUAGUAGUUAUAUAAGACAGCAGGUUGUUGUUUAUUUCAGCAGCUGACCCGAUUACGAACGAGUUUCUGUCAGACGAAACAAGUUACAGAUGCCGUCAGUUAUUUUUACGGUAUAACAAAAUCUCCCUUUAUUUUCGGCGAGACAUGAAAGAGGCGCUAUGGGAAGAUUAAUCAGUGGUUUCCACGAGACCUACUUUCCCGUUUCCGUUCUACGAAGUUCUGCGACCCUGCUACCUCGUUCCCUCCAUUGAAAACUUUCAUCCAUUUAUAAAAUCUACCGUUGCUCACGUGCGCUCGCUAAGGGCCUUCCACCUUCUACGACAGAAAUUACUCGUUGCUCGAUGUAAACGAGCGGUAGCUUCAGGGGUAGAUACGCUUCGUGAAAGGCGCGUAUUUCGCAUCCGCAGUCAUAUUUUUCAUCUAUGCGCAGGAUAGGAUCGAUCCUUGGAAAUACACGUUGCUCGCUCGACAUUCGUGACAGUAUUUAUUCCGUGCCUCCGAGCAACAGCAAUAAACAUUAAUCUACGUUCCGCUGAUCAAUUAUUGGCGCAGCUGUGAAAGGAUGGCAUUCGUGCCGGACCGCUGCUUCCUUUCCUCUCUUUUUUCUGGCUUUCCUUUUUUAUUUCAUUUUUUAUUGUAGCCACCGUGCCAUGCUCGCUACGUUUCAAUUUCGCCGGGGCGACCGGCAUCGCCGUCCAUGAAAGAUUCAUAAUCCUAAUAUUUUGUUAUCGUACGUGUCUGCCUGCGUCUCGAAUAAAUCUCUCGCACGCUUCCAGCUAGCUUUUCCGCUGAAGGAAACCGAUUGCAGGAUAGAUCACGUUAACGCUCCGCCAGGCUGUUGGCAGGAAAUCUGAAGGCCUUAGAAAUCGAAGCCAUUCCUAUGGGAAUAUCACCGCGUGUACAUACGCGCGCUCGCGCUCUCGAUGGUGGGUUUGUACUCGCAUUCGAUUAAAGCCACCGUUUAUUUCCGUUUUUCGAAAUCAUGUUUUGUUAAUGCUGAAAAACUUCUGACGGUUAGAAAUCUUAUUAGAACCACCAAAGCAUGUUGUAAGGUAGCACAAAUGCCUUUGGAAUGUUCCUUCGAUUUGCGCCGCUUCGUAUUCCUGCAGAGCAAUCCCCGCAGGAUUAAUGCAACAUAAUAGAAAUAUCGCCUGACGGGAGACGUUAUUCUGUCCGAUUAUAAACCAUUUCACGAAGCAUUGAUAAAGCUGGUUAUUCAUGGGCGCGGCAUAGCUGUCUGUUCUUCUUUAUGGCUUCUGCACACGCUUUCCGCAGUACAAUUUCCAUUAGUCUCAAAGGGGAAGUCAGCGACGAAACGAUUGCGUCAUGAAUUAUGCCGUAAGCUUUAACGGUUGCUGGAAUAUUUGCCAUUAUAUAAAACAGUAGUUAGUUUUUACCUUCGUGUCGCUUAAUCACAAACUUUUUCCGCGAACUGGAAAUUCAUAAUUAAAAUAACGCAAUUAAAAAGAAUAUACCGGAAUGAUCGCUGAAACGUUUCACUUAAUAUUUCCUCUUAAUUCACACGUAACGUAGCAACCGAAUUGCGAGUAAAUGAGAGAGUGAAAUAAAAAUUUCCACGUGGUCACACGAUAAAAGUUUCGAAUAUCAAUGGAAAAAUCUCGAACAACCGGAUUGAAUUUCGAUGGGCUGACUUUCCAUUUUUACGAAUCUCGAUUCGACCGAGAGCUCUUCCAUUAUUCGCGCCUAGUUCCCCGUUGCUAUCUGGUGCAUUUACAAAUCUUCCACGAUGCAGUGCGCCACUCCGAGUGAGUGCACCGUGUGUCCGGGCGUGAGAGCAGCCGGGGUGCACCGACUGGGACUCAUACGUCGUGGAAGAGGAAUAGAAUUCGUGCAGUCGUUCACCCUCAACUCUCAGCUACGGACGCGGGAGGGUGGUGCGGGAUGCACCAUCCGGGGUUAGCGGGGAACAACGGCACAGGUCAGUCUGACCCAAAUGCGGACUGGUUGGCCGACAGCCAGCAUACCAUGUUCCCGGGGACGUUCCUCGUCGAGGACGCGCGUAAUCGAGCACGCUCCAGCUCCCGAAUCUUUACUUAUAAUUUCUUUUUUCUUCUCUUUUUACGGCGGAAACCGCCGCGCUGGCGCGCGCGGCACGCCAAUAUCAAUUUUCGAGGCCGAUAAGUUGAUCGGCCGUCGCUCGUUUCCAUUAACUCGUGUAACCGCGCGGACUGGUUUUCCCGUGCACUGGUUCUCGGUGAUUGACAAAGGCAUAUAUGGUCGGAUCAAUGUUCAGUGACAUCGAAAGUGAACUUCAGGAAUUUAAGUGAACGACCGCGUCGCGACGAUAACGGCUCGAGGAGAUUCUUCGUCUUGCAUUUUAAGACAGAUUGAUUAAAAAUGUUCUGAAUCUUGAAGAAGAGCGUACGAUAAAUUUUUAACUAGGAAUGUCCGAUUUCUGAAGCUUAUCGGUAUAUUGGUUAUUCAUUGGAACAAUAGUAUUAAUUAAUCAAUUUAUUGAUUUAAUGUGCAGAAUACACCGUAUUAAUAUUAUUAUUAAUCUUUAUAAUAUUUUAUAAGAAUUAUUAGAAUUAUUUAUAUAUUUACAGCAAAUAAAGAUUAAGACUAAAUAUGAUAUACGUAUAACUUUUUAAUAAACUGAAAUUUUAUAAUUUCGAUUUUUACCGUGAAAUCCGGAUUGAAAAAAUUUAUCUUGCUCAAUAUUAUCGUCGCAUUUUUAGUUUUCUCUCUGACAACUUUAAAUGGGCCAACUCUAAAUGUCCUCCUAUGAAAAAUGAAUAACGGCACCGGUAACGCUAAGUAUUAAAUAUCGAGCACGCAUAUCGCAGCGGGCAAAAUUCGUCGGAAUUUACGAUCGAUUCGGCCAUAUUUUUCGUCCCAUUCGCUAUCUUCGCUCUGCACUCGUGACCGCCAUCGUUCCUUCUCUCAACCGGGGUCUCAUGCCAAAGCAUACCACAGGGAUGUGUGCGUCGGGGAUGGGGGUGGCCCGCUUUUAACGAACCCCCGUCCGGGAGUUAUGACCGUUCGGCAAACAAUCGAACUUUCUCGAAGUAAACUGAAAUGCGGCCGGGGCCGUCUGCCCGAAAGUAUCGAAAUUUUUGCUGGCUGAGAGAAGGAGUCGAGGGGGAGGGGAACAUACGGCGGAGUCGUUCGGUCUUCGCUUUUCUUCCACCCCGUAAGCAGACGCGUGCUUGUAGUACAUGUUUCGUGGGAACUCGCGAAUUUCGUGAAGUUGGCCGCUCGAAAGUGCCGUAAACGGAUGCCAACUGCGGACGGGUAAACAACAAACUUUCAACGCAUCCAUUGUUCCUCGGUCCGGCGUCGCAGUUAAAUGAUGCUCGCGAAGUAUUCGAUUCCGCGUAACUCUCCUGUCGGGACACGGAAAUACUUGCGAAAUAUCUUUUACAAGUUACAAAAAUAAGGUUACAAUUUUUCCCUUUGAGAUAUCUGAGUCACGUGACCACGCUUGUCUAAUUAUCACGUGACCGCACUGCGCUCGCAGUAUUCAAGUCGCUCGACUCGAAGCGUUCAGACCGUUCGAAUACCGCCGAGAAGUAGAAGGAAUACGCGACGACAUUGUCAUUUUCCGCGAAACGAAAAUGGAUGCGGGUAUCCCAGUGAGUCACGAUGAUCCGCAAUUCGUGAAAGUGCUAGACAUCUGUCUGAAAAUGGAGAUUGCGGUCGCCCAGGAAAAGCUCGAUGCUAAUACGGCGGAGGUGAAAAGAUUGAAGGGAAUAAUGCGCAUUCAGCUCGAUAACAGAAAGCAGCUUAAAGCUAGAGUGGUACAGAUGGACAGAGUCAGAACGAUACUGAGCGAAACUUCGACGAGAUUAUACUCAAACAUCAGCGAAACUUCGGAGACUUUGGGAGCUAUGAGAGCGAAUAUCGAUGAUGAGUACAAAUUAAUUCAACUAAGGUCGCAGGAAUACCAAGACAUCGUUGCCAAGUACAAGGAAACUUGGCACGCUUAUCGUGCUAUCUACGAAGAAUUUCCGCUGGCAAAGGCCAGACACGCGGCUAAGAUUAAUUUGGAGAAGCUCAAGAUCGAGUACAUGGUCGUGACUUACAAGAUAGUGAAGAUGAUGACGAUCAACGAGCAAAGACGUCGCAUCGACUGGAUUCGGACGCGCUGCAAGAUAGUCGAAUUCGCCGCGGUGAUGGUGAAUUUUUCGAAACUCGAGAAGAGAGUGACGAAGUUAGAAACGAACGUGGGCUAUUGCAGAAGAGAAUUACGCUCGAUCGAAACGGAGCUUCAAAUAUUGCGCAAGCAAAAAGAGGAUCAAGAAAGAGUGAGAAAGCAGAAAGUACUGGAGAUGGCACCGCCGAAGAUUAAUAUACCAUACCGGAAAAUCUACCAUCAAGAUCGGACGCAUACAAAGUCCAAAGUGCAGACCAAGCAAUUCCACAAGACCUUCGACGAUAACAUAUCCAUCAAUACGUUGGUCCUUGAAGAAUUAUGUGCAAACGAGAACGCUACAGUGUCAUCUGAUAAUGUCGACGUAGAACCGAUACAGGGUGACAAUGCUAAACGCAUUGUCGCUGAAACGAAAAUUGCAAAUCUCCAGGAUAUCUCCGCCAUCUCCGAGAAAACUGAUACGCGCGUUGCUUUGAUAGCGCCGGAAGCAAAUCCUGAAAAAGCGGCUUUGAUAGACAACGACGUGGAAAUGAAGGAGAUCCAUUCGGAAGAGACGAAGAAGUCGCAAGAGUCCGUUAAAGCGCAACCGUGCUCCCGUACAAAAGAAAAUUCGUUCAAGCAUAGAGCCGUCAAGGAUACGCAGGAAGAAAUUGAAGCAAAAAGGAUUCGGCUUCAAAGGGCGGAUAGUGCGGGAAGCAGCAAUAAAAUAAGUGCUCCGCAACUGACGGCUAUUGUCGAGGAAGUGGAUCUGACAACUCCGCCUCGGUCAGUCCCAAAAAUUGCGAAAAUAGAGACGGUGAACUACAAUAUUGCGUCGAUUAAAUCCAUGCCGAAGUACGUUCAACGCCCAAAUGUCAUCGCACCCAAUAUGCCGCCUUCACCGGUACAUGAAUAUUGCGAGAGUAAUAUGAGUUCUAUCGAUCAGGAUUUCAUGUCGAAAGGUCCGCAGUCAUUAUUUGAGGGAUCGCUGUGCAAUUACAGAUUAUCAAUGGAUUCCAAUAUGUCAUCAGUAUGUAUGACAGAAGACGCGCUAAUAUCUCCUCCGAGAUACGCAAAUUUGCAACAAGAUAAUAAAAAUAAAAAAUCUGGCAACACAUCACCGUUUCUGUUCGAAAACUUUGCGCAGAAAAGAGAAAAGAUGGAAAAUAACUUUACUUUAUUUUGAAUAAAGUAAAAGAUCAUUCAGUUCCUGUACAAUGCGUGAUUCAGUAUAGUUCCAGCAAUUAUGUGCAUUGUGAAAUUCUAUAGAUUCCAUAUUAAUCAAGAGUUCUAUAUAUUAUUUAUUAAGCAAGAUAUAUUAUUUUGUUCUAUGAAAGUCUAUAGAUUCCAUACUAAUCAAGAGUUCUAUGUAUUACUUAUUAAUUAAGCAAGAUGUAUUAUUUUAUUUUAUUUUCGAUCACUUAUUACUUAACAAGAUAUAUUAUUUUGUUUUAUUCUCGAUUAUUUAUUACUUAAGCAAGAUGUAUUAUUGUGUUCCAUUUUCGAUUAUUUAUUACUUAAG